GACGCGCGCAAAAAAUCUUGCCUUUCCUCCCACACUGACUCUCUGUCUCCGUCCAUCCGCGCCAUCCCAUCAUGGAUUCCGACCUCAUAAAGUUGGUUAACAAGCUCCAGGAUACCUUCAGUAAUCUUGGAGGGGAACUGGAUAUGCCGCAGCUCGUUGUAGUGGGUAGUCAGUCGGCAGGCAAAUCCAGUGUUCUGGAGACCAUUGUCGGUCGUGAUUUCCUUCCCCGUGGUCAGGGAAUCGUAACAAGACGACCGCUCGUCCUUCAACUUAUACAUACCCCGAUACCGUCCGAGCCGUCACCCAACAACCCGCCGUAUACCGAAUGGGCCCAAUUCCUUCACGUCGAUAAGCGAUUCACCGACUUUAACGAAAUACGAAAAGAGAUUGAGCAGGAAACCUUUCGUGUUGCUGGUCAGAACAAGGGUGUCAGUAAACUACCCAUCUCGCUGAGGAUUUACAGUCCGGAUGUUCUCGACUUGACAUUGGUGGAUUUGCCUGGGUUGACAAAGAUUCCGGUCGGGGACCAGCCCAGCGAUAUUGAACGUCAAAUCCGUAACCUCGUUGUGGAUUAUAUCUCUAAUCCGAACAGUGUUAUACUGUCGGUGUCAGCAGCCAAUGUCGAUCUGGCUAACUCAGAAUCUCUCAAACUUGCACGGACAGUCGACCCACAAGGCCGUCGCACCAUCGGCAUUCUAACGAAACUCGACCUCAUGGAUGCGGGAACAAACGCGCUCGACAUCCUCACUGGCCGCGUGUAUCCCCUCAAACUUGGCUUCAUCGGUGUUGUGAAUCGGAGUCAGCAAGAUAUCAACGCUGAGAAAUCCAUGAAGGACGCUUUGGAUAGCGAAACAGAGUAUUUCCGUAACCAUCCUGCCUACCGCAAUAUUGCUCACAAGAAUGGUACCAAAUACCUAGCCAAAACACUGAAUCAGGUCCUGUUGAACCAUAUCAGGGAGAAGCUUCCUGACAUGAAGGCGAGGCUCAACACACUCAUGGGACAAGCUCAGCAGGAACUCAACUCGUUUGGCGAUGCCGCCGUUUUUGGGGACAAGAAUCAGCAAGGAUCGUUGAUAUUGCGACUCAUGACCCAGUUUGCGAGAGACUUCGUCUCAUCGAUUGACGGCACCAAUAUUGACAUCUCCACAAAGGAAUUAUCCGGCGGUGCACGCAUAUAUUACAUCUUCAACGACAUCUUUGGCCAUGCGUUGAGCUCAAUUGAACCUACACAGAACCUGGAUGAUCAAGACAUUCGAACAGCUAUCCGCAACUCCACUGGUCCACGGCCAAGUCUCUUCGUUCCCGAAGUUGCUUUUGAUCUUCUCGUGAAACCUCAAAUCAAACUACUAGAAGCUCCUAGUCUUCGGUGUGUGGAGCUGGUAUACGAGGAGCUGGUGAAGAUAUGUCAUAAUUGUACUAGCGUGGAGUUGCAACGAUUCCCGCGUCUUCAUGCGCAGUUGAUAGAGGUGGUAUCGGAGCUGCUAAGAGAGCGUCUGAGUCCGACAUCAGAAUAUACACAAAGCCUCAUUGCUAUCCAAGCAGCCUACAUCAAUACGAACCACCCGGCAUUCGUUAAUGGGACGAUAUACGCAAACCCACAACCCACACAAUACCCGAGACCAUCAAUUCCUCCACGGCCCUCGUCCGCCGAGCCUAUAAAUGGUGUCGCUUCUUCGGCAGACGAUGAAGACGAGACCUCAUCUGAAGAUACAAACAGCACCACUAGUGGAACCCAUGGUGCUCGCAGUGAUGGUCGCUCCGUGUCAAACACCAUCCAUGACCGCUCACGAACUACUCCCACAUUACCUACCGCCACUGCCAACUCUUCCACACCCACUCUCAACAAAAAGACCCCAUCUAUUUUGCGCAACCAGCCUCAUCGGCCGCACUCCGUCUCUGGCUCAGGCUCAUCAUCCUCAGCCAGGGAAACCUUCCUCAAUUAUUUCUUUGGCCAAAACGGACCUGGGCCUGUGUCUGGAGUGGGGCCACAGGAACGGCCAGGCAGUAAUACCAUUGUCCCUGUCGGACGGGAUACAUCGGGUGCGGAUCCUGCCAUCUCAUCUGGUUUGAUGGCUGGACGUCGUAAUCUGGAUGGGAACAAUGCCGCGUACGACAUGAAGAGUCUCGGGAAACAUAUAGAAGCCAUCUCUUCGGAACCGAAUCAUCUUUCUGCACGAGAAGAGAUGGAAACUUCGCUUAUCCGGUCUCUCAUCACCUCGUACUUUGAGAUUGUCAGACAGAGCAUCCUUGACUUGGUGCCUAAGGCAAUCAUGCAUUUCCUUGUGAAUCACACAUCGCAGCAGGUGCAAAACCGGCUCGUUGCGUCACUGUACAAACCGGAGCUGUUUGCGGAUAUGCUUAAUGAAGACGAGAGUCUCGUUGCUGAGCGGACGAGGGUGAAGGCUCUGUUGGAUGCAUACAAGGAGGCGUUUAAGACACUUUCGGAUGUUAACAUGAAAUCGAUAUGAAUCUACAUGACUUGGUCUUAUUAACGUUACAUCGUGCUUUGUUGUCCCAUUCAUACACACUA